UCUCUCACAGCUGUUGGGUUGGAACCUGGCGGGAGCCGUGGCCAUCUUUGGUUGGGGCGUCGCCACCGCUGUCGUCAUCUUCGGCAUCAUGAAGUGUUUCGGGGCUCUGCGUGUGGACGGAGAGGUGGAGAUGCAAGGGCUGGACGUCCCGAAGCACGACGAGCCGGCCUACCCACAGGACGGGUACGGCCACGGGUGGCGCCUGGGGUCCGAUAACAGCAAGUACGCAGGCGUCAACAACGACGGGUUCGUCACCGCCUCUGUACCCACCAGCAACCUGGCAGUUCCCGAGAAGCCGAGAGCCCCCAUGACCGCUGUCCCGGCGAUCUAUGACGACGUUCCGUACAUCCGGCAGAUGCAGAUGUCUGGACGGCAACCACGUGACCUGCGCGACCCACGCGAGAUGACAUUAUCACGUGACCCACGCGAGAUGACGCUAUCACGUGACCCACGUGAUAGCGCCAGUUACUACGUGAACAAGCCGUACUUCUAGCCAUUCGCAUCUACCGGAUGUAACGUGAAGGUCAUAAUGGUAUAGCCUGGGUAUACGUAACUUUUCGAUGGAGAACCAGCGAACAAAGGAGGAUCGUAUCCAGGUCAAUCAUGUUUGACUAGCGGUAGUAAAGGAAUUAGAAUGGCAUUUAAAGUAUUCUGACAUUUGACCAGAAUGAUGAUAGACUGAUAUUUAAAGUUCUCUUUUUAUAUAGUAUAGUUUAGAUAACACUUUGUGUAGUGUUUCCAGUGUUAGUUUAUGCUGGAGGCCAUAUGCCAACUAAGAUUUUCAAAAUAGUUUUCUUUAUUAUCACGUUUAUGUAAUAUUUAUCUAUAUAUUUCCCAAGUAUGAAUGGGAAUUGUAUUGGACACAAUAUUGUGCAUUCAGGACAAUCGUGUGCGGAGAGGAUGUGUAUUUCAUCGUCGACACAAGUUGACGAGCCGAUAACCUACACAAGUAAGGAACGACCAUUUAGAACAAUCAUCUGGCUGAUUUAUCUGAUGAACACACGAUGCAUGUUGAGUAAACCGAGGGCCGAUUCUCAAUGCCUAACACUGUAUUUGGCAGUUCCUUUCGGUACAGGCUUAGAAUAUUCCUCUGAAAUUGAUGACAACGUAUAAAGGUAUUCUGUUAGUUAGACCACUGAUGAAAUGUAUUCUCAUCUCGCUGAAGAGCAAAUGUAUGUACAGCAAUAUGGUAAUCAU